UAGCGUUGGUGAUCCGGGGGAUAUCGCUGCUGCUAUUUCUCCUCAGUCUGUCGUUGACCGUUUUUAGAGCUGACACAGUGUAAGAAAAAGUGAAAAAACAAAGACACGAGCCCAAAAUGGCAGAGUUGGGAGCAGGGAGCCUGUUACAGGGAGAUCCUGCUGUAAAUGACCAGGAAAAGGAACUAAACGAGCGUCUGAAGCGGCUCUACCCGGCCGUGAACGAGGAAGAAACCCCUUUACCCCGAUCUUGGAGCCCCAAGGAUAAAUACAGCUACAUCGGGCUGUCGCAGAACAACCUGCGGGUUCAUUAUAAAGGACACGGCAAGAACCACAAAGAUGCAGCAUCUGUCCGAGCUACCCACCCGAUCCCAGCGGCUUGUGGCAUCUACUACUUUGAGGUGAAAAUAGUCAGCAAAGGCAGGGAUGGGUACAUGGGAAUUGGACUGUCUGCCCAGGGGGUCAACAUGAACAGACUGCCAGGCUGGGACAAGCACUCCUAUGGAUACCAUGGUGACGAUGGGCACUCCUUUUGCUCCUCAGGGACAGGCCAACCGUACGGGCCAACCUUCACGACUGGUGACGUGAUUGGCUGCUGCGUGAACCUCAUCAACAACACAUGCUUUUACACCAAAAAUGGACACAGCUUAGGUGUGGCAUUUACAGACCUCCCACCCAACCUAUAUCCAACAGUAGGGUUGCAGACUCCUGGAGAGAUCGUAGAUGCCAACUUUGGCCAGCAUCCGUUUGUGUUUGACAUUGAGGACUACAUGAGUGAAUGGAGGGCAAAGAUCCAUGGGAUGAUUGCUCGAUUUCCCAUUGGAGAGAGGCUUGGAGAGUGGCAGACAGUGCUACAGAAUAUGGUAUCCAGCUACCUGGUGCAUCAUGGGUACUGUGCCACUGCCAUGGCAUUUUCUCGCGCCACAGAGACCAUGAUCCAGGAAGACCAGACCUCUAUAAAGAACAGACAGAGAAUACAGAAGCUCGUGUUGGAGGGUCGUGUCGGAGAGGCCAUUGACGCCACGCACCAGCUGUAUCCCGGGCUCCUAGAAUGCAAUCCCAAUUUACUCUUUAUGUUGAAAUGUCGGCAGUUUGUAGAGAUGGUGAACGGUACAGACAGUGAGGUACGACGCUUUAGUGACCAUUCCCCCAACCCCCCACAAGACAGUUAUCCAGCUUCCAACAAUCACCUGCAGAGCACAGGAGCAGAUAGUCCUACAUGCAGUAAUGGUGUAACGCCUUCCAACAAAAACAAGAGCCAUGCAAAAUACACAGGAGCCUGCUCCGCCUCUUCUUCUCCUUCCUCCUCACCCUCUUCUGUCAACUACUCUGAGUCCAACUCCACUGAUUCCACUAAAUCCCAGCCCCACAGCUCCACCAGCAACCAGGAGACUAGUGACAGUGAAAUGGAGAUUGAGCCAGAACACUACAGUAAUGGAGUCACUGAGAACUCCUCCACCCACAUUAUGAAUGGCACAUACAAGCACCAGGAGAUCCUUCAAGGGGAUGAAAACAGUGUAGGAAAUGGAAUAACAGAGGACAAUUGCAGCUCAAGGCAGCUGUGUGGGGGCAAUCAGGCUGCCACAGAGCGCAUGAUUCAGUUUGGCCGUGAGCUGCAGGCACUCAGUGAACAGCUCUCACGCCAGUAUGGCAAGAAUGCUACGCACAAGAAGAUGCUCCAGGAUGCAUUUAGUCUGCUGGCAUACUCUGACCCAUGGAACUGCCCAGUGGGCCAGCAGCUGGACCCUAUGCAGAGAGAGGCCAUCUGCUCUGCACUUAACAGCGCCAUCCUGGAGUCUCAGAAUUUGCCCAAACAGCCCCCACUCAUGCUGGCGUUGGGUCAGGCCACUGAGUGUGUGCAGCUCAUGGCUCGUGUACGCUCCGGCUCCUGCUCUUUUGCCAGAGUUGACAACUUUUUGCACUAGCCCAUGUCCAGGCAAUGAUGAGGACAGCUAAGAAGAGGACUUUCCAGCCAAUCGCCAUGAGGAACACGUUCGUUUGAAUUAGUGUAUUCACUUGCCGCCUGUUUACAGGCAGUUCAGCUAAGAAUGACUAGAAACACGGAGGAGAGGCUUCUUUUUAAUUUAGUAUUAUCCAAUACAAAUUGUGUGACACUAUUUAAAGAUUAAUUAUUAUUCUGUUUAUCUAAUCAUUUUAUUUUAGUUUCUGUUUUGUCAGUUUGUUGUGCUCACCUUGACAGAUUUUCCCUUUUUUGUUUUUAUGAGUAGAUUUGGAUCACAGUGUUCCCAACAUGCACCAUAUCGGUGGUAAUACAGACUAGUCCCAAACUGUAGUAAAAAAAAUCACCCUUAUUCAGUACUCAGGUAUUUUACAAUUCAGCAUAAGGUAUUGCUAUAGCUUGCAAUACUGAAAUAAGAAGUAAUAAGGCAUUGCUUAUGCAUACGUAAAUUAGACCGGCUGCAGCACCACUUAGCUAUGAUUUUUAGGUGUUACACAUUAAAAUUUAAUUAUCAAAAUAGUGCUCUGAUUAUCCAAAUUCAGUUUUUUGGAUUUAAUAGAAAGCAUGUAAAGGUUUAUAUGAAGGUGCACUGUUCAUAAUGUUACACUUCUAAACUAGUACUUCACCUCAGGCACCAGCACUAGUCUUUUUUAUUACAUGCAAAUCAUACAGCUGCAUCACAGAUCUAGGCUGGAAGAGUAUUUUUAUGACAUUCAGGUCUCUCUCUCCAAAAAAGCUUCUAUUUUAAUGAUAAUCUUUAUAGUUUUCCGUACAGAAAUGAUGUAACCCCUGGCUUUUUAUUGUUUGGUUGGGUAUAUUAAAGUUUAGCCUGUGAGUGUCUGUGUGUGACUACAGUGAAUAAAAAUCCCAGGUUUUUGUUUAUGAAAAUCAAGAUUAACAAUUCAAUGUUGAGUGCCUCAUUGAGGUAUCGAAACUCUUUUCUUUUACUAAUUGUAACAUUUUGUAUCCACUAGGAUGGUUAGUGUUCCCUUUAAAUACUGACACCAUUGCUGCCACUCUACUGAUAGUGCAGUUAUAGACUGAUUUAGAAAACGUGGAGACACGGACACUCGGAUAAUAAAAAAAUUGAAGAAAAUAAAAAGAACCUAUAUUUCUCAAUGUUUGGCGCAUAUUUAUCCCUUAAGCCCCUCACGUACAUUAUUUCUUACUUAUUUGUUUUCCACAGCUCUUCAGCCCAUUCUGCAGUUAUUGUUUUAGCAUUCAUUUCAUUCAUCAUAAGAUGACACAUCAAUUUUACCACUACACACAACACUGAGUGCAUUUGCAUGCAGAAUCCCAAUCAGAUUUUGGCAUACAGUAAGUGGCAUCCAAACAAAUUCUUUGAUGGCUUCAGAGUAAACCCUGUAUCAUAUUUUAAGAAAUCCAAUGAAGCUGUCUGGAUUUUAGCCAACAUUUUUAAAUCAAGUGCAUCAGAUCUACUUUGGUUGUCAGAAGCAAGUAGUUCUGGAGCAGUUACUACAGAGAAAAAAAUAAGCUUAAUCCUAAACUACCUAUUACCUUAAAGCUGGGUUUGCUAGGAUUUUAGCUCUAAGCAUUUUGAGUGCCUCUUGAUUUCACCUCCCAUCCAUGCAUAUAUACACAAAUCCCUGCCCUCCUGAGGCUAUGGCUGGUUAAGAUUAACCAAGUUAGGUUGCAUUUUGUUUAAUUUCGGGUGAUGAGGUAAGCAAAGGAUAAACUUUUAUUGAUGCUGUUGUUUGUCAAAAUUUUUGCUAGUACACAAGUUCCUAGCAAGCAUUAUGAGUAGUCAUUGCUGUAUAGGCAAUUCAACUAAUGAAAAUACAAAUACAGCUUAGCCUUAUCUCUGUGUAUCCCUGACUUUUUUUCUUAACUUUUUCUUCUUGGCCAGUUACUACAAAGUUUACUAUAUGCACAUGGAUUUACUGAUGUCAGAAUAAUUAAGGACUAGAAAGAGCAGAGUUUACAGUUUAUUCAGACCAUGAAUCAUCUGGUUAUCUGCCUCACUAAUCUAUGGUUUAAUAUUCUAUACUAUGACUAUAAACACAUGAAAUGCUGAGACGUGUAAUAAAUGUAUUAAUCAGUUUGCUAGUCUGUGAAAACAAUGAUAGAAUAAGAGGAGACUUGCACUUUGCCUUCUAUAUUUAUCGGCCACUUACGCCAGAACCUCAACCAUGCAGUGGGAGUUGCUGUUGCAGCAUCAGCCAGAUGAUUUCUCCAACGUUUCGUCCAUCCCUUAUUCCUUAUGGCCAGUCACUUCUGUUGAGCGCCCCACCUGACUGGUGAGGCCACCAAGAAUCUUACUUGAGUCUCUGUGGUGGUGAAUUAGCGCUUUACACUGCUGUACCACGAGAAUGUUUUUUCUUUUUCUUUUAUAUUAUUUUACAACAUACAUUUACUAAUUGCCUUUGUAUGUACAUUGACUGUUCAUUUUAUGAGCUGCACCUACCAUAUAUAUAUGGUGCACAGUAACUGACUAGCUUGUUUGUUGCUGAGUAUGCUUCGUCACCCCUUUUACUUUAUUUCUUAAUAGACAAAGACCCCCAUAGGGCCCCUACUGACCAGAUAUUAUUUGAGUGGUUGACAAUCUCACCAUUGCCAUGUGACGUGUGUUAAAUACAUGACACUGCUGUAGUGGUAUUAGUGUAUCAGGCGCAAUAGCAUAUCUGGAGGUUUUACAUACUGUUUACACUCAACACUCUUUUUGGGAGGUGAGAGGAAACAGACAGGAAGAAAAUGCCAAACUCAUUAUAGUCAGUGACCAGAGACAAUGAUAAAACAUAGAUUCUCAGGACUGUCGCACACAAUGUGCCAGCCAAUAAAUAAAUUGUUAAAAUGAUAACUACUUGAUUAAAACAAAAAAGAGUGAUGCUACUACCUCACUACUGGAAAGCUAUACAAAAUACAUACGCUUCUGUAAGGAACCUUAUUCCUUAAUGACUUUUGUAGACUCCUUGAUAGUUUACAUAUUAAUAAAUUACUAAUUUGUAUGCAAAUCCAGUAAUCAGGUUAUUGCAAAAAUCAGAUUAUUUUUGCAUGCAAACGCACUCAGUCACUCUUGGAAAGUGUACAUUAUAUGUUAUAGAUCUGUUUGUUUUAUCUCAGGUUGAAUCCAUGCUACACAUUUUUCUUUUUUGGCUUUCAUUUAAUGUUUUCCUCACCUAGAGGGAAGGUUUAUAGUGUUAGUGCAGUUUCUAAUAGAGUGGUGUUCCACUGUUACAUUAAAUGUAGUUUAUCCAUUUACUCUGUAUCACUUGAUUUUCUACUGAAGAUUGUUACAUCUUUGGUUUUUGCACCUACACAUUUUUUUGGGUUUGGAAAACCAAGCAGCUUAUUGUUUCAGAGUUAUCCAUCCAGCAGUUGCUUACAUAAUCCUUAAGCUCUAAAACCCAUCUGUUUUGUGAUAAAUAAGAGACAAAAUUGACUGGUUAAAAUAUUUACCCUUCUUACUUACAUGCACUUGGUAUAGUAAGGCUAGUUCUUCAGGUUAUAGUUUGUACGCUCUAGUGUGCUAGAGUAAUCAAUCUGCAUAUAUUUGAUCAUGUCUUAUACUGAAAGCUGAAUUUAAAAAUGCUGAGUAGUGUUACCCUAAAGAAUAGCAUCAUGCAUACCCCCAGAGUCACUUUUUAUAUCGACACACAAUGCCAUAAAAUCACAGUUUUUUUUUUUAUCAGGUACUUAAUGUUGAUUCAAACAAACUGCAUUUCAGGAUGAUCCACUUUUGAGCUGAAUGAAUUAGCAACAACAUACAAAUAAAGAGAACAUUUUAGAUAUUCAGGGCAAACAGAGCAAAGCUGGUUGCACAGUUGUGCACAAUUUUCUUUUAUUUAUUUUUUAUUUGAUUUAAGUUUGGAUUUUAACCAUUGUGAGAUAAAUUACCCUCUACUUAGCAUGAAAUUUUAAAUACCUUUAAAACAACAUAAAAAAGGAAAACGAUGAUUGAAAAAAAACUAUCUACUGGAAACAUGUUAAAGAAAUAUUGUACUCAUUUAAUUUUGACAGAAUUAUUUUUAUUAAAAUACACAUCCAUGA